AUGGCGCCUGCUCCACAGCCAUCGUCAGAGACGCCAGCCGUCUCCCUCCACGCCUCCUACUCGUCCCCGCAUCCGCCGACCUCGCAGACCUUCCACCAUCCGGUGAGCGCUCCCUUGGACAUCAACGGCUCUGUCGCGGCCAAGAAAGCCUAUCUCUCCGAGCUGAGAGGCCUGGUGACAAAAAUGCAGGGCGAGAUCAACGCGUUUCUUACAGAGCGCAUGGAGGAGGACAAGAAGGCAGCAGAAGCGCAGGGGCAGGGACUGAAGGACAGCGAGAGAGAGGCCAAAGAGGAGGAGAACUACGGGGAGGAGAAUGUGGAAGAUGAUGCCUAA